AAUGUGAAAGAGAAGCACAGGAAGUGAGGUUGUCAUGGAUAGUAUCUCCUAAUUACAUUGGAACGUACAUCUUUAGGAGAUUUUUACUACUUCGGCGAACAUUAAAGUGGUGUUUCCACUCAAUACAUCAAAAGCUUCCUUUUUGUCAAGACGGGACUUCAGCUGAUGUCGUGUUUUUUUCCGGUGAUCACGCGAAAUCCAGGCAGCGUCCAAAGGUCCUUGAAGGGAGUGAAGAAGGGUUGUUCUCCUACUGAGAGAACCAGGCUUACGAAAGGGACCUGAAGUGAUCUGAUCUGGGUUUGCAAGAUGGCUUCUGCAUGGGACAGUGUCCUCUCUGUGCACCAGCGGAUAGUGGAGAAUGGAGACAAAAGGACGGACCCCUGGCUGCUGGUUUACUCCCCUGUCCCAGUGUCAAUCAUUUUCCUGGGUUACCUCUGUGUGGUCUGGGCCGGUCCACGUCUGAUGAAACACCAGCAACCUGUUGAUCUCAAAGUGGUUCUCAUAGUUUAUAACUUUGCCAUGGUUGGCUUGUCUGCAUACAUGUUCUAUGAGUUUCUGGUCACAUCAUGGCUUUCAAACUACAGUCUGCUGUGCCAACCUGUGGAUUACAGCACCAGUCCACUGGCCAUGAGGAUGGCAAGCGUUUGUUGGUGGUUUUUCUUCUCUAAGGUCAUAGAGCUCAGCGACACGUUCUUCUUCAUCUUGAGGAAGAAGGACAGUCAGCUGACCUUCCUUCAUGUUUACCAUCAUGGCACUAUGAUCUUCAACUGGUGGGCAGGAGUCAAGUAUGUGGCUGGAGGGCAGUCUUUCUUCAUUGGCCUUGUAAAUACCUUUGUUCACAUCAUCAUGUACUCUUAUUACUGCCUGGCUGCCAUCGGCCCUCAUAUGCAGAAGUACCUUUGGUGGAAGAGAUACCUCACCUCUCUCCAGCUGGUGCAGUUCCUGCUCUUCCUCCUGCACACAGGCUACAACCUUUUCACUGAGUGCGACUUCCCAGACUCUAUGAAUAUUUUCGUGUUUGGUUACUGCGUUACCCUCAUCAUCCUGUUCAGUAACUUCUAUUACCAGAGCUACCUCCUCAAGAAGAAGCAGAAAUGAGCCAUCAGCAAACUUCAGGCUGAAAGUGCUGAACUAAGAGGGGCCAAGCAUCCUCAGUGGAGAUCUGCAGUAUUUUCCUCUGUCCACUAGAGGGCACAAACCACCCACAAGUCUGAGUUUUUUGUUUUUGCUCAGACUCCAAAAAAUGAUAUAAACUGUUUGAAUCCUCACUGUUUGAUUUUUAUUUUCUUAAAUGACACUCAAAUGGUUGCUGUAAACAAACUGUACAUUUUAUACACAAUAAUAUUAUUAGUAAUAACAAUAAUAAUAAGAGGCUGGGUGUCUCUGCAGUGUCAGAGGACUAUUGAGCCAGUAACCUCUAUCAGAAAUAAAUUCAAAAGCAAAAAAAAAAAA